AUGCUCUCCUAUGCGAUUCCUCUUUACUUAUGCUUGAUCUCAAGUAAGGCUUUAUCAACAACAAAAACAUCGUUCCCAGGGGCAAUUUUUACCAAGGAAAACUCGAGAUUAAAGGGAUCCUCUUUUAAAUGGCAUGUCACCCCCAGCCAGAUAUCAUGCACUCAAGCUUGCCUCACGAACCCAAGAUGCUACUCAACAAACUUCAAAGAAAAUAGAGUACAUGGUGCCAGACAAGAAGGCAUGUGUGAGUUGAACACUGAACACCCAUUUGAUCUGAUAAGUUUGGAAAAGUAUUUACAUUAUGAAUUUGGAAGUUUGUACGCUCGAUACUCAAGAGACAACCUGGUGAGUUUGAUACUUUUCUUUCAUUUCUUAUUCUUGUCCCUUUUUACCUUUUCUUUUUAUUUGAGCUUCAUUUUCGGGGCCCUUUACCUUUCCCUAAGAUGAUUUUGGCCUUAGAAAAAGGCAGAGUCUCUGUGACGCAAAUAAUCUAGCUACUCUACGGGGUUCAGGACGUAAAAUUAUUAUGAAUCGCAGUUUUUACUUCUUCAAACUUAUAUUCUGUUGUUCCAUAAAAGUGGAAGCCAUAGGUUUGCUUACCUCACACAGCUACAUAGUUAAUAUUACAGCGAUGAUGGUCUUAGAUUCUUAUUGUUAGGGUAAAGAAUUUGCAACAGUAUAGCUCUGGAUCUAACCUGAUAAUCAACAAAAUGACCGUUUUGUAUAUUUUUUUUUUAUCACCUGUGUGUCCCACGCAUUAUUUAAGUUUUACUCUUUUCAUUUCGACUACCUCAGUCAUUCUUGGUCUCAUUUUUUUCUGGCGGCAAUUGCACAUUAUGUUUUUUAAACCCCAUAAAUUUAUGUCAGGGCAACUUUAAUGAUCUCUGGACACAUAAUCUGUAAUGCACACAAUUAUUUGCUUUACAUUGCCCACUCAAAUCGAUUCCGCUUUAAGAAAAGGACAGAGUAAAUUCGCAGUAAUAGAGAGAUUUUCAUUUAUGGAGUUAAAAGCAGGAACUUUAUUGGAAAAAAAAAUCCCAGCAAUCUGCAGAAACUCGAUCGCCUUGAAUAUCACCUGACUCUCAUUAAAAUAACUCUUUUUCUUAAACUCACCAAGUUUCUAUUUUAAAAUAGAGGGAAUAUAAACAAGAUCACUUAUUCACAACCGGUGUAGGUUGACAAGAGGGCUAAAUGAAAAUGGCACAUAUCGGAAAUACUUUGAAUAGGAAAUUAAAUUAUUCGGUGUUUUUUUCCUUCCAAAUUUUAAUGAAACCUUUUUUGUCACCCGCUCAGAACUUAGCAGAUAUCACAACCACGAACCCCAUCUGAAAUUUGACUCAUUAUGGAUUACAACAUCUAUUCAAUAUAAUUUCAACUGAAGAGGUUAGAAAUUAAGGCUUUCUGUCGCAAACCCUUUUUUCUAAUCCAUCCAGGAACAUCAAAUACGCACAGCAUGGAGACGGAUCACACAGUUGGGCCUAAAACAAAAAAGUAUAAAUACAUGUAUCUUCAAGUAUAUCUGGAAACCAAAACAAAGAUAUAUGACAACCUUUUUGCCACAAUGACUUUCUAAAACAUAAUUAAAGGGUAAAUGAAAGGGUGAAAAUUAGGGACCAUUUCAGUACAAAAGUUCCAAAUGCUCAUUUAAUAUUUGCUCCAUUAAAGUGCAAAGAAAAAAGCGUCGAAAACAUUCUGUAGUUCCGUAAAUAUAAUUUCUGACUAGAAUGCAAAAUUUAAGUGAUAAACGUGAAACUCAGCCCUUUCACUGUAUGUCAAUUUGAUUCAAAAUCGCGAUGAUAAAUGCUCUUUUUUAUCAAGUAUUUUUUAAGUGGAUGAGAAAAAAAGAAAACAAAUAUUUGACUUUCAUAACUAAUAGAUUUAGUUUAAUUAUCUUAAUUAAAAAAACUGCAUUUGUACCAGUCAAAAUAGACGUCGUAUUUGAAUUAAGAUUGUUUAGUUUGACUAGAAUAUAAAAAUUUAACGGAAAUAGUUCUCUUUUUUUUAGCCAGUAAGAAGCUGGAAAGAAAAAUAUCAUUCUGCCCUCGUGCUGCUGUAGUCAGGAGUUAAAGACUAAAAGAAUAUUUUACAUCCAAAUUAAAUCCGCCCUGCUUUCAAAAAAUAAUUGAUUUGAAAAAAAAAAGAAAGAAAGAAAGAAAUUGCGCAUAUUUACAUAUUUUUGAUGAUUGUGACGCUGUCGCCAUUUAGCUAGCUCGCGUGUAUAUGAUUCUGCACUUCGUUAAUAUUUCGGAUUUACAAUGUUUCUAAAUGGAGGUUUUCGGGAAAAUAUUUUCGAUAUAUUUUCUUAUAUUUUAUGGGAAGAGUAGAUCUUGGGGAAGGCAAAUAGGAUCUGAAGUCGUUCGCAGGUAAUAAACUUCAUUUUUGAGGAAAGUUCCAUUCAUAGUUUAAAUUUCGAUCUUUUAAUGUUGCCUUUAUCUCAAAUGCAUAGUUAGCUCAUAUUUCCUGUUUAGAUUUAACAACCAGGAACUCUGAAAUUUUACAUUGAUAGAAUUAUAAUCCAGUGAAGUCCAACGUAAGCUACCGGCGCUCUAGCCAAUUCCACAACUCAAUCGUGAAUUUGAGAUGGAAACUAAAGGGGCCAGCCAAAUAUGCCGUAAAUGACCUAAUAAACGCUUUUUUCCACAUAAACACCUUCUAUCUAAUAGCCACCACCUCUACGCUGUUAAAAUUGUCUUAGACGCCCCUCUCUAAAAGCUACCGUAUGAGAAUUGUACUCUAAAAUACUAAGAAUUGGAAGAAAGGAGCAAAAUCAUUUCAUACAUUCAGCUUCUUGCUUGAUUAACAAGGCUUUGUGUAUUUCGUCUUAUUGUUCAAUGUCAAGUUCAAAGUAAGGAUAGACUGACGAUGGUAACACAUAAUCCCUGAGCGAGGAUUCUGACAUCGGUGUUGGGAUUGUGAAAGAGCGAUAUGGAUCUCUUGACGGCCUAGACGUAACAAUUUAUGGAAUGGAUAUUCCACUAUUUUAAGAGAUUCACCACUUGAAUCUGACGUUUGCCGUUUGCGGUAAACGUAACUCUAAAUCUCUCUAAUUUAAGAUCCCGCGCCGUCAAGCUGUGAAAGAAAUUUUGCUAGCCCGCAAUCGAUUCUGAAAUGAAGAGCUUGCACGCAGGCUAAGGAUAAAUAACGCUAAUUAUACUCCCUUUUUUUUUUCGCAAAAUUUCCCAAUCCACUGGACACCACACUCGCAGGUAUAUUCUUCGUUUAUUUUUACGCAAGCACCACUGUUUUGGCAUCCAAUCCAUCGACAGUCAUCCUAAGAUAAAAUGUGGAGAUACACUGAAAAGUCAUGAUUACAUCAUCACUAUCAUUACUUUUUAUAAACAUAGUUUCUCUUUUGCGGAACGUAGCAAUCGCGGGCGGCUACCGUAAAUGACCUACAUGUAAUAAACGCCCUGGGGCGUCUAUUUCAUUCAAGGGGUCCAAGAAGGGGCGUUUAAUAGAUAGGACACGUUUAAAAGACAGAGGCGUUUAUUCCCAAAACUGUAAAAAGCACAGCAGAAGUAAUAAACUUUUGGAAAAAAUAUCAAUAGAACUUAAAAUAGAUAAAAGGAUAAAAGAUAAAACUAACGUGAAGCUACGAAUUUUGGGAUGAAACUAAUUAACAGAAAAGUACAAGUUAAGGUAAAACUUGGUCUCUUGGUACAAAUUUACGUUUACUGUAAAAGUGAGUCUAAAUCUCUUUAAUCUCGUUAUUUUCAAAUGAAGUCCCCUCUGGCAAGCAUUUCAUUCCUGUUUUGUUGCAGUUCUUAUUUACAACUUUGCUCGGGAAAGGUGCAAGAAAAUGAAACGGGUUAUCAUUGAAGCUCAUUGAAAGAACAAGAAACGUCACUCGCCUUAGAGACAUUUUCCAUUAAUUUUGAAUGCUGGGGUUUAUGUCUUAAAAGGCAGGGCGGUUACGUUUGAAGCAUAUUCCUUGCUUUUUCAGAAAAAAAAAACAAACAAACUAAAAAAAAAAGACAUCGUUUUACCGACUGAAGAAUUAAGUAAAUUGAUGGUGUUGUUAGAUUGUCCUUAUAGAGGUGCCAUUUCGUGUUGGAUUUACCAUUCAAAAAGCUACUAUUGAAAUUAUUUUCUUUGGCUUCAAAGGAAAAAUAAAUUCAUGGCAAAUUUAAGGCACUGAAUUUCGAACGAAUGGACUACUUUACUAUUCUCAAGGAAAGGGAAAGCGUAACAUAACACACAACUAGGCAGGGAUCCUCGGUUCUAAGUAGCUGCGACACGAAAUAGGCUCCUGUUUUGAAACAUGUUUUGCGUUGUUUUGUAGCUUCAUUUGUUUUUAUCUCAUAACGGGUAAAGAAAUUCGAUUGAUCGAACAUGAAACUGUUUCUUUUUCUUUGCCCUCAAAAACACCUCGAAUAAAAUUAUAAAUCAGAGACUGCUAAAUUUAGAAACAGAAAUUAAUGAUUGGGUAAAGGCUGUCAAUUACCAAUAUCUUGUAUUCGGUAAUCCCUUUUAACUAUAUAAUGGUAACGGCUUAAUCCUCUAAAAAAUUGUAACUUAAAAAAGUGUUGAAACCAAUACACCCUUAAUUCAUGUCGCCUUUUAUUAAAAAUAAUUAGCUGGUUACAUCUUGAUGUCGCCUUUCGCGUUGCAGGCGGCCCAGCGGGCGGCCGUAGGCUUUAUUACCUACUUCAAUGCGUUACAAAUCACAAAUGUGAAUUCUUCCACCUCAUCCCCCGAAAUCAUCCUACUUCGCUUUUCAUAAACACGCGCAUUCUGAAGUUCAAAAGCCAACUGACGUUUGCGUUUUUCACUUUUGCUGCCGUCAAUCAUCUUAAACUGACCUCUAAGAAAACAGAAUUUUACUUCAACGGGUUUCAAAAGUCGUCAUGGUUUGUGAUUUGUUUUUGGUGGAUUUUGAUCCAUUUUGUGUGUUUCAGUGUUUCAAGGUUCGUUGUUUGCGAUAAAAACCAUGAUUGAAGGCAGCGAAAAACGCAAUGGUGAAGGUGGCUUUUAAAUUUUAGAGUUCGCGUGUUUUUGAAAAGCACAGUAAUCCAACUUUUUACAGUUUUGGUUUAUAACUAGGGUGGUACAACUUCACGACGCUGGGGGCCACAGGAAAAAAUGGUCCAGUUAGUGCUGAAGAAUAUAAAGGCACUGUACUCCAGGAGGUACAAGUCACGGACGGUGUUCAGGAGUGGCAGGUGCCAGUCAAAGGAAAGUACAAUGUAGAAGCUUGCGGAGCAUCAGGAGGGGACGGAAUUUUGCCCAAGAAAGGAGGCAAAGGAGCAAAAGUCAGCGGCGUAAUAACACUGUUAAAAGGAGAGAAGUUAGCCAUACUGGUGGGACAAAAGGGAUCAACACAGGAUAGAUUUCAUCCAGGAAGUGGGGGUGGGGCAACGUUUGUUUAUCGUUCACCGUACCAACAUAAAUUUAUUCUUGUGGCUGGCGGGGGAGGGGGUGGUGGGAAAGAAGCUGGUCUACCUGGGAAUGGUUCACCGGCGGGCAGUGGUUCCGAUGACACGAUAGGCACUAACGGUGGUGGUGGUAAGGUUUGUCGAGAUGCAACCUAUAUACCAGACUCUGGGUCUGGGGCUGGUUAUCUUAAUAACGGGGGCUGCGUUGAAAAUGGUAAGUAUUGCGGGACAUCGCAUUGCAGUAAAGGGGGAAUUUCUUUGGGUGAAGGUGGACAAGGUGCCACGAAUUGUGAUGGUGGGUUUGGUGGGGGAGGAGCUUGUGAUAGCUUUCCCGGGGGAGGAGGUGGAUAUUCAGGGGGUGGAGUAGCAGCUGACAACGUGGCGGGGGGAGGUGGGUCAUACAAGGCCGACAACACAUGGAAAGUGAUAAAAGGAGGCUGUGAAGAUGGUGAUGGUUACGUUUCCUUUACCGCAGAAGAGUGA